AUGGCAUCAACGCAUGAGGUUGAGCCGCACGAGGCCGCGAUCCCCAUCGAGCUCAUGCCGGACGAUAUCCAAAUCAUACCGCGCGCCACUGACGGCCACUCGUUGCCGGAGAGCUCGGUUCAAAGCGGCCACCAGGCACGUGGCGAAGAGGGCCUCGGGCCGCGGGGCGUCUCCGGUGAGCUGGACGUAGGAGCAGACAGCGAUGACCGCAGCGAGGGUCACUUGGGCGCCACCGAGACGCCCGAAAGGACUAUGUCGGCCCCUCGAGGUCAGAAGGCUGUGGGUUGGCACCAGGUCGACGUCGCGGAGCUGGACCACUUGGCAUCAACAAUGGCGUCCAACGAGGCGUCGUCCCUGCUCACCGCGCAAGCCGACACCGAGGGGUACGCGCGCCAGAUCCCCAUCGCCGUUCGCCGCGAGGCCGAGGCCAAGGACCCGUUCGGGCUGGGCGAGGUCGAUCCUCACACUCUGUCGCUGGUAGCUACGGGCGCCGAGCGCGCAGGGACGGGGGCGGGCCACUCCAUGCGAUUCAGGACGGCGUUUCCCAGCACGUUGGCCGCGCUCGGACCUCUCAAAGCCGGACCCCGAGCGCCCAGACACCUCGUCCUGACCACUAGCGACCAGUUCGACCCCGACGUCUUCCUGUCGGCUGUCCACCGCGACACGCCUGGCUCUCUGAUCAAAGUCGGGGUCCAGCGGCUCCGGGAGGACCUCACAGAGCGGGACGUGCAACAGCAGACCCUGAUCCAAGACAAUUUUGAACGCUUCAUGUCUUGCUGGAACACCAUCGAGUCGAUCCACGCCAGGCUGCAGCAAAACGAGGAGCACGCGGGCACGGCGCUCGGAGCCGGCAGCAUGUCCAUGAGCGGCGUGCUUCAGGCGGUCAUGAGGGCCGAGAAAGAAUCUUCUCAGGCGUUCAGCCCUCUUGUUGACAGGCAGCGCCAUGCUGAACGAAUCCGGAGGGUCCUGGGGCUCCUGGAGCGCUUUGAUGCGAUCUUUUCCCUCGUAGGUCGCGUGCAAGAGCUCUGGUCCGCAGGAGAGUAUCAGGCAGCGCUGCAGGAGUACUCGCGUGCGAGGAAACUGAUCCUCCCCACGAGGGUUCGAGUUUUCCAUGCCCUGCUGGAGGAGUGUCGUAAGUCUCUCCGACAAAUGGCACGGCAGUUGGCCACCCGGCUGGAACACCCCGCGGGCGGACUGGAGCAGGCAGCAGCAAUCAUCCCAACGCUAUCUCGUCUUCGCGAGGAGGACCCGGAGCUGCUGGAUGGCAGCUGGGCCGAUCCGCUGGGCUUGUUUCUACGGAACCAGGGAGCGGCGAUAUCAAAGGAGCUGGAGAAGUGCGAGGAGAAUGCGCGCACGUGGGAACGAGACGCGCUGACAGCAGGGGCGGAAGAACUCGAUUGGGAGGUCGUGGACUCGGGCGGAAGUUGCGCACGUCGGGGACUCACCGGAUCUGAGGGAGAGAUUGGAGAGGCAAGAUUCGUCAAAAUGGUCCUCGACGGGUCCAAAGUGAUCGCCCGCAGGCUCCCCGCAUUCAUCGAGGUCGCCACAAGCCGGCAGAUUCAGCUCCUGAUGAUGUGGGUCACGCAGGCCCCGGCGCCCGCACAGCCCCCUGCUGCCGGACAGGGUCAUCGGCGGAAUCGUAGCACGACAAUUUUGGCAGAUGUUCCCGCAGGAUCUGGUCCGCCGCGUACUCUGACCCGGCAGGCUAGUCUCCUGUCGCAGUCGACUGACAUUUCCGUCCCUGCGAGCGACCCGGCUGUGCUGGUGCAGCAGUGCAUCAACGACGUUACGCGCGCGUACAAGGACCUGACGUUGUCGGCUGUCGAUGGCCUGUUGGCGCGGCUCGGAGACGUGCUGCUGCGACCUCCCCCGGAUGGCUGGGACCCCAACGGGCUGCAUGGCUCCAACACGUGCGUGGCCGCCAUCGAGCGCGUCUUCCAGCAUAUCGCGUCGGUCUCGGCCUUUCUGGGCGAGCACGUGCCCUCCCUGCCUCCGGCGCACCUGGAUGCGGUGUACGAGGGUGCCAUCUCGCGCGUCUCCCAUACACUCAGCACGGAGAUCGCACGCGCACUGCCGCCAAUCGCGGAGAGACUGAAAGCGCAGCUGUACAGGGCGAGCAAUAGCGGCGGGGCUCGUGCCGAGAUCGAGGUCGGUGGCCAUACGGCCGCCGUCGACGACCUGAUGGGGCUCUUGUGGUGCACAACUUCCACUGCCAACAGGUUGGCGCAGCAUGCGAGACGAGGCAGCCGAUCUGCAGGGCCGAACAUGCCAAUGUCGGAGCUGGCGAACGCGGUCAUGAGCGGUUUCGCUCGUGGCAUCGCUCAGCACCAUGACAUGGCGACAACUUGUGCCCAGCAGCUCGACGCUCUUGAACAAGCUACAUUCCCCACAGAGGGCGCGGCGUCCCAGGAGGCCGACCGACUCGCGGGCACUAAUGCAGCCUCACAAGGCGAAGAGAUGGCUCGGCGGGCGAUGCGAGCGGCCAAGAGCCUGAUAAAAGUGCAUGUCACAGUCAAGGCAAUGCAGCCCCUCCUGUGUGCCCUCCAGGGCGGGAGCGAGCACCAGGGCGAGGACGCGAACGAGUCCAUCCGACGUGAGCAGCAGGCAGUGGAGGGCAAAGCGAGGGACACGCUGUUCCUGCUCCGUGAAGUGUAUCUGAGUGCAAGAUCUAUUCAAAUGUUCUGCACGCUGGACGCUUGGCUUUCUGCGCUGAAUAUCCGCCGGACCAUGGAGCCAGGUCAGAACACAGACGGGCACGAAGAGCCGCGGACAGCCCUUUCCGGUCCAGGCGCGGCUCCGAAGGGCGUCACUGCGGAGAUGAUGAUCUUGCUCGCACUGCUCAGCGCAUUCUCGCGGGAGCUGGCGGAAGGACCGCUCGCGAACGAAGCGCGAGCGGUCGAGGAGGCUGUUGGUCAGUUGGUUGAAGCCGCUUUCGUGCACACGUUGAACCGUUGCACGGCAAGCUUUGGAGCCUCCAACGGGCAGGAGGCGUGUUUGAGCAUGUACGGGUACUUCCAGGCGCGCCUAGACGUCGACUUCUUCGCAGCGAUCACGGAGCGGUGGCAAUCUGAAGAUUGCACCGCGUGCAUCCAGUCGUUGCGGGACUCCCUGCUGCACCUGAGUGCGCUGACGGACGAGGACCGCGAGCUCCAGGGCCUGUCAGGGACAAGCAGCAGGUCGCAGGUCGCGGACACGCUGCGCAAAGCGUAUCAGGAGUUCUGCACUGGUACGAACAUCCUGACGUUCGAGCUGCAGCGGGCGGCGAUGAACGCCAUGUUUCUGAGGGCGGGCGCCGUCCAGCACGUCGACUGA